AUGGCGAACUCCAAGGAAUCAAAGCGCGCUGAGCCGAUGUGGGAUGACGAUGGUAUUGCGGCUUCCUGGGACAGCGUCUACCAGGAGUAUCAACGUUAUCACAGCAUCGCCGCCAGAGGGGAGAAUGUCGAAGAAGUUCUGCGAAAGGCCCAAGAGGCUGAAACUGCCCAGCAGGAUGACACCGAGCAGCAUGACCAGGCCGAGGAUGAAGUGACUGAUGAGACCGACAAGGCUGAGCUCGAGCACGCUCUCCAGACGGUUGAAUCCGAGACCGAGUACGAGCCUCAGGACAUUCGCGUUCCUCCCGGCCCUAAGCUGCCUGCUGGUAGUUCUAAGGAGGCUCCGAUCAUGGUGGACACUCCGAGCACCGUAACCAGUGAGUAUGGCUAUACGACUCUCCAGAAACAUCUUUCUCUAACUCCGGAACCUCAUGAAGACGACAUCCGUAUCACAGCCUCUUACCGCUUCCUGGGUUACUACACGGCUCUUGACCAAGCUCGUCAGAAGCGCCGUCGUGCCGAGGCCUCGAACGAUGGUAAGUCUCCGACCCACCCGCAUCCAGACACUGUCCCAGAGGUUGUUAACAUUGAUGAAGAUUGUGAGAUCAGAAAGCGCCGGAUGAUGUCCGAGUUCUGGGUCGGUUACUACAACGGACUGGAGGAGGACCGCCAUCAGCAGGCCGGCCAAGGCCAGAGUUAG